UUGUAGUUCUUAUGUUUUUUGGAAUUUUUUUGGACCAUUUGGAUUUUUGAUUUUUAAAUUUAUUUUAGUAGUAGUUCAAUAAAUUGGAAUGAUAUUAACUCUGAAGGAUGCAAAUAUGAUAAAUUUACGCAAUAUUCACUUACUAAAUUAAUGAAUCAUUUAGCUACAUUGUACAUACACAGAUUAAUGUUUAAACAUAAAAAACAAUUCCAAGUUACUGCAAAUGUUGUGGAUGCAGAAAAAAGAGUUGAGAAGGAGGGACGAACAAUUCUGCCCCAAUAUUCAAACCGUGCCCAAUUCUAUAGUUCUUUAUUUCCUGCAUCAUCAGAGCCAUAUUUAUACGAACAUGUAAAUGCUUUAGAAACACUUGUUAGAUUAACUGAGGAUAAAGAGUUUGAGGGAAUUAGUGGAAAAUAUUUUGAUGCCAAUGGUAAAGAAUUAAAGCUCGGUGCUUCUGUUUGUGAUGUAAGGGUACAAGUAAGCACUUAGUAAAAGAAUUAAAAUUCACACAAAAUUUUAUUUUGAUAUUUAAUGUCUGUCUAGUUUUGGGAGACUGACUUAAUAAAAUCCAAUAAGUUAGAGCUGUCAAAAACUUUUAAUCCUGGGUCGAUUAAAGCUCUACUUCUAUCUUUUCGGUCUAUGUUUUGAGAUGCAUUCUUUUUCAUGAAUCAUGGAAAGUUUUUGGUCUUGGAUAGCUCUAACAUAGAUUAUCAUGCCGAUACCUGAUAUAAUAUACUUGAUAUACUGACCAUACCAUAUGC